CUUUUUUAGUUCUCUCAGUUUCGGAAAACCUUUCCGCAGCGAAAUUUAUCUAGCGCCGUAAAGUUUAAUUCCCCUUUCCUUCUUUCCCUCAUGCUCUUGUCUGGGUGAGCUUUCCCUUUCCCAACAUGGCUACCCGCAUUGUGCCGUUCUCCAUCUGACAACACGUUUGAUCGCGGUAGCUUGUUUCAAAAUUUUGUCGGCGUUCCGUGUUUGUGCACAGAAUUUCCAGAGAAUUCUCAUUCUUGCGAAGCAAUUUCAGAAAGCUGCUGUGCAAUGGAGUCUAUCAAGAGCAAGGAUGCCUUCGAUAAGGCCUCAACCGAGUCCACAAAGGGUUUUAUGGUGGUUCAUUUUUUUGCGGCCUCAUGGUCACCAGAAUGUACGCAGAUGGAAGGAGUCAUCAAAGAGCUCGCCAAGGAUUCUCCCAAAAUCAAAUUUUAUAAAGUGGAAGCUGAAGAAUUGGAAGAGAUUUUACUUCAGUUUGGUAUAACGUCAGUGCCAACAUUUCUGUUUCUUCUUGGCAAGUCCUACCAGGAAAAAAUGGUAGGCGCAGAUCCGCCCCGUUUUCUGCAAAAGAUUCACGAACUUCAGAAGAAAAUCGACACAGCAUGUCUUAGUGACAGAGAUUCAAAGGAUGCCCCAACAUCUGCUAAAGACGGUGCUUCUUUGGAAGAUCGUCUCAAGAAGCUUAUUGCACAGGAACCUGUCAUGCUGUUCAUGAAGGGAACACCAGAAGAAGCACGGUGUGGCUUUAGUCGCAAGGCCAUCGAAAUUCUUAAGAAGCAUGAUGUCAGAUUCGGCUCAUUUGAUAUCCUCAGCGAUAAUGACGUUCGAGAAGGACUCAAGAAGUUCUCCGACUGGCCAUCUUAUCCACAGCUCUAUAUCAAUGGCGAGUUGAUUGGCGGGGUGGACAUCAUGUCUCAGAUGGAUGAAUCUGGCGAUUUGGAAGAAGCUUUGAAGCAAGCCGGAGACAAUCUAACUGGAAGAGGCAGCUUGAAUAGUCGACUUGAUAAACUUAUUCGCCAGGCCGAAGUGAUGGUGUUCAUGAAAGGUGACCCGCAGACGCCCCGAUGCGGUUUCAGCCGUACGCUAAUUAGCAUCCUCAAUAGAACCGGCAUACCGUAUAAGACAUUCGACAUACUUAGUGAUGAGGAAGUGCGACAGGGAUUGAAAACCUACUCGAAUUGGCCAACAUAUCCACAAAUCUACGUCAAAGGAGAUCUCAUCGGUGGCGUGGAUAUCAUUCAACAGCUUAACGAAGCAGGCGAUCUUGUGGCCACUCUAAAAGGAGAGUCCUGAAGCUCACACAUUGCCAAGUCUAUAAUUUAUCAUAUAGAUAUUGAGCAAGUGGAGAAUAUAGAGGAGAUUUUGAUCUACAGAACAACAUCAAACUUAGAGAAUUAAUGCAAUUAAAAAAAUUUUAUGACUUUGAUAAUAGUGUACUUGAAAGCUUCAGUAGACGGCUUCAGUAAACGAUUUCUAGCUUGACUGUCAGAAAUUUCAUGAACAUUAGCGGUAUAUUCAAUGAAUCCACAUGAUGAACCUGUUAAGCUCCUAGAAGAGUUCUGUGUGUUCAAAUUAGAUCAUUGACCAUUAUAAAUGGCAAUCAACCUGUACUUACGUACUAAAUGAAGCCUUCAAUUGACACCUGGACCUUUAGGCAGCGGGGGUAUUCAUUUGGUGCCAGCUUUUUGUACGCUAAGGCA